AUGGUGGAAAUUUGGGAAUCGGUGGAAGCUGAUAAGCAAAGGAAACUUAAGAUAUCGAAGGAUGUGACCAGGAAAAAUAGCACGUCCUUCAUCAUCUACCCACCAAUGACGCCGAGAAAUCUUCCGGCCCCUACAUUGCCAUAUCGAGUGGAAAACUGGACCGUUGACGCUGAAGCCCAGCCGUCAAAGACAUGGGUUCUACAAACCGGUCUACAACAUGUGGACUACUCAAGCGCACUCCCAACCUUAGGGAGACAGAUACUUGAGGACAAGGCCUCAUGGAAUCAACACCCUAGCUUCAAGGGCGAGUUCAGCUUCACCAAGGGGUACUGGGAAUGGACCGAGGUCAUACUCAGUAGGCAUCGUAACCUCUUGGAAGCCGUGACGAUCUACGAUGGCAUAUAUGCCUCUUUGUUCACAUAUGACCAUUCAACACAUAUCAUUCAGGCGUUUUGCGAAGCGUGGUGCCCCAAGACCAACUCAUUGCUUACUUCGGCCGGCGAGCUCUCGAUCUCACUUUGGGACAUUCAUGUACUCUGCGGCCUACCAAUAUCUGGCGACAUUUACGACGAACAUGUCCCCAAUGCUUUGGAAUUGACAGGGUCAGAUGCUGACCAUGGAUUUACCCCUCAAUGUUGCAAGUAUCUGUUCCAAGCGUACAAUUACCUUUACAAUCAGCGUAAACGACCACGUGGUGUUCGCAAUCAGAAAGAUGAGGAUCGCUCGCUUCAUGUCAACGAGUGGAUAGAGUUCUGGAGUAGGAGGCCGCAAGUUUAUGAUAGGCCCAUACUAAGUAAAAAUGAUAAGAGGAAGAGUCGUCCAAAGAACACCCAAAAUCCAAGCGGCAAGAUCCCCGCACUCAAGGGUUGGACCAAAGUGACUAGAACGCCUUUCGUUGAGCUAGGAAUUCCCCCUGAACUUGAAGAGGAGACCCACCUAGCGGCAUAUCUAUGCUGUUGGUUGUGUGUGUUUGUACUCCCUAUCAAAGCUACCCGACUUAUUCGCUACACAACUUUCAAGAUGGCAAGUUUGAUGGCAACAGGCCAAAGGUUAAACCUCGCGAUCCCUGGGAACGCCGCCACGCCGGCAGGGGUGGAGUCAGGAUUUGUUGGUGCGGGGGGCCAAUCAUAA